AUGCUCGUCAUUCAUGUUGUUCCUACUGAUGAUAAGUUCGUAUCUUUUGAGAUGUCUGGCACGACAAUUAGCCAAGGCCUCUCAUCAUGUGGAACCCGCGUCUCAUCAGUAUGUGUGGGAGUUGGGAUUAAUGUUCGCAAUAAGGAGAGAUACUUCCUGAGCACAUUCACAAUAGUUUAUUCAAUGAGACCUUCGUCUUUAGGUGUUAUCCAGGGCCAAACAAAGUGUCUUUUUGCCCAAGAAUUCAUACGACGUCUUGAUGCUGAAGAAAUCGAGAUUGUAUUUGGAAAUGCAGAAGAGAAAUCAGAGCAGGGAUCUUCUUUAUUCAGUAAGGCAGCAAGAGUUUUCCGUUCACUUGAUCGAUUCAUGAGAGCAAUUUCAAAGUAG